CGAUCAACUCCUGUGUCGGACGCUACACUAACUUCUUUUCGCUUCACGAUAGCGAGUAUAAACAUAUACUUGCUUUGAUGCUUCUCAAGCACAUUCGUCUUUGCAUCGGUUUGCAUUAUCUGCCGUUCACAACGUCUUACUCCUGAAAUCACAAUCAUGCGAUCUGACACAACGACACCGUCCACCAUGCCUACAAUCCAAUAUAUACCAUCUUCAGUUAACGGUGCCACCUGGGAAUUCUGCCGUUACUGCAAGAAGGUCGGACACCACUUCCAUGAUUGCAAGAAUCUGAAGAAGGUCCUGUGCUUUCGCUGUGAGCGACGCGAUCAUUUCCAUGACGAUUGCGCUGAGGAGAUUCGCGACGGCAACCCGCGCUUCGACAAGGUACCAGAAACGAUACAAGAAUUCCUUGUGCAACGAGACGCUUGGCAGACUCGUUGCGCGAUCAUGUUCGAAUUGCUUAAAGAAAAUGGAUUCGAGGCAGCUGCGGUUGACCUGCGCGAUCGUAGUCCAUUAUUCUUCCAUGGACCUAAAACUUUGGACGAAGCCCUUAACCAACGAAAAGCUUGGAGGACCCAUUGCACGACCAUUUUCCGCACGAUUAAAGAUCAUGGCAUUCAAGGAGGUGCGACCGACGCUAUUACUACUGCUUAUCUAUAUUGACCCACCAUUGUAGGGCUUGACCCCGUCAUCAGAAGAGACGCCGAUUCAGCCUCUGACACUAUCGACGUGUACGCCCGUGCCGUCGAACGUGAGAUAACGAAUAUCUCUCUUCAUCAUCCAUCUUCCGAACUCUCUCAUUCUAUGAGCCGUGUCUAUAAUCAUAUCGAGGCCAUUGGAAGGAUGCAAGGCGAAAGCUUGUAUUGGAGGUACACUUUGGCUGUACAGUUGAUCAAUCAAAUUGGUCAAGCGCUCGUCGUUUC